GAGGAGGGUGAUCGGGGCUCCUUUUGAAAUGUGCCAUCUUUUUCUAGCAGAUUCUGAACAUAAACUCGAGUCAAGUUCAGGAAGAGUGCUGGGAAAACUUAGAGGGAAGGGAAGUGGAGGCUUAAACCUUGGAAAUUUCUUUGCGAGCCGUAAAGGCUACAGUCGCAAAGGGUUUGACCGCCUAAGCACCGAGGGCAGUGACCAAGAGAAAGAUGAAGAUGACGGGAGUGAAUCGGAAGAGGAGUAUUCGGCACCGCUGCCCCCACCCGCCCCUCCCUCCUCCUGAGCGCCCAGCUUUGGUCUGGUUGAGGAGGUGUACCAAGAAUGCCCGAUUCUUUUCCCUUUCGCACGUUAAAGUUUUGUGUGUUUAAUUGUAAACUGUACAAGUCUGUGUGGGACUGUACACAUUUUAUUUACUUCAUUUGGGUUUAGUUGGCCUCUAGUUGAGGAGUUUCCUACAAGUACAUAACAGUGCCAUGGUCUUUAUAUAUGGGCAUAGACUAGAGAAACAGUCCUCUUCUUCCAUCACACUACUAAUUUAUGAUGGAAGGCUUGCUCAUUUACAUUUCUGAGACUUUUCUGUAGAUGUAAAUAAGCCCACUCUGCUUGAACACAGUAUUUUCCCAAUAGCGCUUCCAUUGCCAAUGUCUUUCUUUGGUGCCUUUCCUGUUCAGCAUUCUCAGCCUGAUGACAAAGCUGCUAAAUCUCCUAUUUUUUUAAAAUCACUAGCAUUAUAUUGCAACAAGGGAAAGAAAAAAGUCUCUAUUUAAAUUCUUUUUUUAAAUUUUCUUCUUCAGUUGGUGUGUUUUUGGGAUGUCUUAUUUUUAGAUGGUUCCACUGUUAGAACACUAUUUUCAGAAUCUGAAUGUAACUUGUGUAAUAAAGUGUUUUCAGAGCAUUA